GCUCCGAACGAGUCUACGCUCGUACCCAUCGUCAACAAGGCCGUGCUUAGACUUCGUUUUCUCCAAUUCACCAUCGGCACAACAAUCCCUUCUUCUCGCAUCUGUGCUGCCCAACUUUGCUCUUCUUGAUUCCACGCCGGGAGCGGGGGCACAUUCACCGACCUCGACUUCCCGCGCUGCACGGCAAAGACUGACAACCAACCUCUUCACACGCUGCUGGAGCCUUCAAUUCCUUCUCCAUGUGCCACUGGAUCUUGUAGGAACGCUGGGGGAGGAAGACAAUGUUCGGGGUCUGCAGCGGGCCCAUAUGGAGGGUGGAUGACUUCUCGACGUGCUUCCAGGAUGACUACCUCGAAACACUGUUUCCCCUAUCCGUCUGCGGCAUUUCACUCGCAUAUCUCAGCGUACAGGUAGUGUCCGCGAUCCGAGCCUCGGAGUACUGGCGAGGGCACAAAGCACUAAACAGCUCGAACCAUGCGUGGGAUAUCCGCACGCCGUACAUGGAAGCAGGCUCUUCGCCAGACAUGGACGAUGACACAGACGAGGAUGCCGAGUUCGAGGCAAAUGGCGAAAUGCCGACUCUGACCAAGUCGAAGACGCACGAGUCGAUCAUUGACGUGAACAAACCAAGAGGCGAACUGCUGCUCGUCGCAAUUGAGGAGGCGGCUGUCCUGGGCCAAGUUGCAGCGCAUCUGCUUGUCCUGAUGUAUGGCGCAUGGGGAAAGAGGGGAAGAACGGCUGCCAUUGCUGAGCUUGCGACUUGGGCGUAUGUUGCCGUUCUAGCUUCACUGAGGCUGCUCUUCUCGAGCACGUCGAAAUUGUCGUUUCCGAGGCUAUGGUAUCAUACUGCAUUCAUCUACUGUGCCUUGUGGAUCUCCAGCGCGUUGGUUUUUCGCUCUGCCAUCAUUCGUCCACGCUCGAAGCUCGCACACGUUCUAGCUAUUGUGGAUUUCAGCCUCACGAGUCUGUUGGCCAUCAUCGCGCUGACAUCGCGAAAGGGCAAUAAAGCCGUCAAGUUGGAGUAUGAGGGUGAUCUCCAGCCGUCGAAGGAGCAGACCGCAAGUGUGUUGUCUUUAGCUACUUUCGCGUGGGUUGACAAGAUCGUCUGGCAAGGCUACAAGAAAGCGUACGAGAUGAGUGAUGUUUGGAAUCUGGCUCCGAGGGACAAGGCGCAAAAUCUGCUGCAAGAGUAUCGGCAGGUCAAGAAAACGCAUAUUCUUGCCUGGCACUUGUUGAGCCACUUUAAACGGAGUCUGCUCAUUCAGGGUUUGUGGGCAGCGCUCUCUGGUGUGCUCACGUUCGCGCCGACGAUGCUGCUGAAGGCCAUCCUGCAGUACGUCGAGCGUCCUGACCAGACGCCCAAGAACGCAGCGUGGUUUUUCGUCAUCUUGCUCUUUGUUUCGGGGUGUCUCUCUGCACUGGCCGAUGGCCAGGCAUUGUGGAUAGGACGCAAGAUAUGUAUCCGUCUGCGUGCCAUCAUCAUCGGUGAGAUCUAUGCCAAAGCACUAAAACGAAAGGCAUCAGCCACGGCAGAAAAAGUGCUUGGUGAGACCGAAGAUGGAAGUAAGAAGUCGAAUCAAGGGCUAUGGCAAAAGAUCAAAUCCCUUCUGCGCGGAGAUAAUAAGAAGAGCCAGGGCAAGACGAAGGAAAACGGAGAGCAAGUCGAAAACAAGGAUGAACAGGUGACAUCGGGAACAAUUAUCAACCUUAUGGCUGUCGAUUCAUUCAAAGUAAGCGAGAUCGCAGCUUACUUGCAUUUCUUGUGGGCUGCGACGCCGGUGCAAUUCGUUGUGGCCAUCGUGCUUCUCUAUCAGAUCAUGGGAUACAGUUCCAUCGCCGGUAUAGGUAUGAUGCUUGCGCUCCUGCCAGUCAACAUGGUGAUUUCCAAAAUGUUCUCCCGCAUCCAGAAGCAGAUUCUAGCGGCGACCGACUCUCGUAUCCACAUUACGAAUGAAGUUCUGGGUAACGUUCGCAUUAUCAAAUUCUUCGCGUGGCAACAGCGCUUCAUGCAUGCCGUCAACGAGAAGAGAAGUCUCGAGUUGAAGCAUCUACGAAGGCGGUAUGUGGUUUGGGCUGUCGCUGCAACUGUCUGGUCUGGAGCCCCUGUUCUGAUCACCUUUCUGUCCUUCUUCAUCUACACAAAGGUCGAAAAGAAGGACCUUGUGCCGUCCGUUGCUUUCACUGCAUUGUCGCUCUUCCAGAUUCUGCGCAUCCCGCUUGACCAGCUAGCAGAUAUGGUGGCACACGUGCAGGAAUCAAAAGUCUCGGUUGAUCGUAUCGAGGAGUUCUUGAAUCAGCCGGAGACGGAUAAAUAUGCGCAACUGCACCAUGCUGGACAAGAUCCGAGAGGACAUCCACUGAUUGGUUUCGAGAACGGAACAUUCACUUGGGGCAGCAAGGAUGAGGAUGACGAGGCUUUCAAACUUCGUGAUCUGAACCUAGAAUUUCGACCGGACCAGUUAAACGUGAUUGUCGGGCCUACUGGCUCUGGCAAGACAUCACUACUUCUGGCACUUCUCGGCGAGAUGACUGCGGUAGAAGGCAAUGUAUAUCUUCCGGGAUGGCGAAGCCGUGAGGACCUCAAGCCAGAUCCAGAGACUGGCUUGACCGAAAGCGUUGCCUACUGCGCCCAACAAGCGUGGCUGGUGAACGCCACCAUCAAGGAGAACAUUGUGUUCGCAAGCCCAUGGGACCCAAAACGUUACAAAGAUGUCAUUGUCGCGUGCUCACUGGCUAGAGACCUCGAGAUUCUCGACAAUGGUGACCAAACUCUCGUUGGCGAGAAAGGAGUUACGCUAUCUGGAGGUCAGAAGCAGCGAAUAUCCUUAGCAAGAGCAUUGUAUAGUCGUGCACGCCAUGUUCUGCUUGACGAUGUCUUCAGCGCGGUUGAUUCACAUACCGCGAAGUGGAUCUUUGAUCAGGCGCUACUUGGUCCUCUCAUGUACAACAGAACUUGCAUCCUGGUCACGCAUAACAUGGCUCUGUGCUUGCCACAUUCAGAAUUUGCCGUAGUUAUGGAUAAUGGCAAGGUCGCUGUUAGUGGUACUCCGCUUGAAGUCAUUGACUCUGGUAAGCUGAGCGAGGAUCUCUCCAAAUCCAGGCCUGUAUCUCGUGGCCCUUCGAGAGUCGCAUCACGCGUUCCAUCAAAUAUUCUGAAUGAGGAGCCAGAUGCCCCCAAUGGUCACGCUGAAGUGAACGUCACGCUCAACGGCAAAGCAGAUGACCAUGCGCCGGUCAAGACGGAGCUGGAAGAGACAAAGGCUGUGGGCGCUGUCAAGCUGAGCAUCAUACUCCUGUACUUACGCGCUAUGGGAUCUGGAUGGUACUGGAUCUUGGCAGCCUUGACGUUUGCUCUGCAGCAAAUCUCCUCCGUUUCAACCAAUAUCUGGAUUCGAGAGUGGGCCAACGCCUAUGCUCGAAAGGACUUUUCAAUCGCCUCCUCCGAUCCGCACCACGCCUCGCCUGUGAGUCACAUUGGCACAUUUAGUGGACUCGGUACAUGUUUGAGGAGCGGUACUUGCAACUGGGCGUGGCCGAGAAAUGAUGUCAACAGCUCACCAUCAAUGACGUACUCAAUCUAUGGAGCAGACAACGCAGUGGAUUCGACAUACUAUUUAGGAGUAUAUGCAAUCCUCGGCAUAGCAUUCAUGUUCGUCACCCUUCUCCGAGAAGGUGUCCUUUUCGGUGGUUCCAUCGCGGCUUCGCGCAGGAUGCACCAAGAGCUCAUGGAGAAGAUAAUGCACGCCAAAUUCAGAUUCUUUGACUCGACUCCCCUAGGCCAAAUCAUGAACCGCUUCUCCAAGGAUAUUGAAGCCGUCGAUCAGGAAAUUGCUCCGGUCGCAGUCGGCGUUAUUCACUGUCUCGCUUCUAUCUUGACAAUCGUGGUUUUGAUCUCUGUUAUCACUCCUGGAUUCCUUAUUGCAGGUGUCUUCAUCACUCUCUUAUAUUUCGCGAUUGGAUACUUCUAUAUCAAUUCCUCACGAGAUCUGAAGAGGCUGGAGUCAUUGCAGAGAAGCCCGUUAUACCAGCAAUUUGGCGAAACCUUGACCGGUAUGACCACAAUUCGCGCAUACGGCGACGAGCGGCGAUUCAUUCGUGAGAAUAUCACAAAAAUAAACACCCAUAAUCGGCCUUUCAUCUAUCUCUGGGCGGCUAACAGAUGGCUCGCAUUUCGUGUGGACGUCGUUGGAGCUCUAGUUGCGUUCUUCACCGGUGCAUUCAUCAUCCUCAGCGUUGGGCGCAUUGACGCCGGCGCCGCAGGUCUCGCGCUGUCAUACGCCGUUACGUUCACUGAGAAUGUGCUUUGGUUCGUACGCCUGUACGCUGCGAACGAGCAGAACAUGAAUUCGGUUGAGCGUAUCAAGGAAUAUCUUGACGUAGAACAGGAAGCAGAUGACAUUAUACCUGGAAACAGGCCACCAAGCAACUGGCCCACGAAAGGCGCUGUCGAGUUCGUCGGAUACAGUACGAGAUAUAGGAAGGACUUUGACCUCGUUCUCAAGAAGCUUACAUUUCGCAUCUUACCUGGAGAGAAGGUCGGCGUCGUAGGUAGGACGGGCGCUGGUAAGAGCUCGAUGGCUUUAGCCUUGUUCAGGGCUCUCGAGGCUGAAGAAGGUACUAUCCUGAUCGACGAUGUUGACAUCGGAUCGAUCGGUCUUCAAGAUCUGCGUGAGAACAUUGUCAUGGUGCCUCAAGACCCAACUCUGUUUACGGGCACCAUACGCAGCAAUCUUGACCCCUUCGGCCUCUUCACAGACGAAGAAAUUUUCACGGCUCUUCGAAGGGUGCAGCUGAUCGGCUCUCCUGGGCCGUCGAGCACUGCAACACCUUCAAGACCGGGGACACCGAUUGUAAAGAAUGCAUCACUUAGCUCGACCGAAAAUUCACCGAACGGCAUGAUGAAUUCGAUAGCACCGUCUAGCGACAAUACACUGGUUGAGGAUAGUUCGCCUACUCAGACGACGAGCGCCGAAAACAAGAACAUCUUUCUCAAUCUCAACUACAAUAUUGCGGAGUCUGGUUCCAACCUCUCUCAGGGCCAAAGACAGCUUCUUUGCCUCGCUCGUGCCUUACUCAAGAACCCGAAGGUGCUGCUUAUGGACGAAGCUACUGCAUCCAUCGACUAUGCGACAGAUGCAAAAAUUCAAGAGACAAUCCGCGAGAUCAAAAACACCACUAUUACAAUCGCACACCGUCUGCAAACCAUCAUAGAUUACGACAAAGUUCUCGUUCUAGACAAGGGCGAGGUUAUAGAAUUUGGCGCACCUUAUGAUCUCAUCAAGAACGAGAAAGGUACCUUCAGAGGGAUGUGCGACAUGACCGGCGAGGGCGAGCAAUUGCGCGCGCUGGCGAAGCAGGCUGCGGACAAGAAGAAGCUUGUUGAUGACGAGUAGUUCGUAUUGCAAAGC